AUGAGCGUUAAGAACAUGCCGUCCUUGAACCAAGUUUUAUCCGAAUUUGGUAUAUCUGAAUCUUAUGAUACCAGCGAACGUUCACGUAUCGAAUAUAAAGGUGUCGAUAAAUUCGUUAUAGACAGUUUCCAAAAAUUUUUAAUUAUGAAACAUUGCCAAGAAAAUUUAGCAUUUUUAAUAGUAACGAAUGGAUUUUUAAAAGGAUUAGAGAAGAAAUCCAAUGCCAUUAUCGUUAACAACUGGAAUUCUGAAGUUUAUUUCAAUUUUAUUAAAGAAGAUUCAAAAUAUGAGCUGUAUUUACCAUGGGCUUUAAAGGAAUCGUUUGAAAAAUCCUUUGCACUACAUGAAUUACCAUCUAUUCAAAGCGUGAGACAAGCUAGACGACAUGCAAUCAAUGCAUUACAAGAAGCGUAUCGACAAUUUUUACAAAUGACACACAAUACGAACAAAAAAAGAGGAAGUAACAUUAAAGAAUAG